CCGCACCGCACCGCACCGACGGGGCAUCAGUUCUUUGGAUUUGAUCCUUGAAAACUAAACAUGAGCAACUACAGCGUGUCUUUGGUUGGCCCGGCUCCUUGGGGUUUCAGGCUUCAAGGGGGCAAGGAUUUCAACGUGCCUCUAUCUAUCUCUCGGCUUAAUGAUGGUGGCAAGGCAGCCCGAGCGCACGUGGGAAUAGGUGAUGUAGUUCUCACUAUUGAUGGGAUAAGCACAGACGGGAUGACUCAUCUGGAAGCACAAAACAAGAUCAAGGCAUGUACAGGCAAUUUGAACAUGACUCUGCAAAGAGUGUCUUCUGUGCAAAAACCCGAUAUUGUUCAGGUACCGAAGGGAGAACCUAAAGAAGUAGUUAAGCCUGUGCCCAUUGCCUCUGCUGUUGCACCCAAAGUCACUGCCACGGCGAGCGUGGCUUACAAUAAGACACCGAGGCCAUUUGGAGCCAUAACCUCUUCCAAAAUCACAUCCAUCCCAUCACCAUCCUCUGCCUUCACCCCGGCCCAGGCAACUGCUGCCCCAGCCCCGUUCGCUGUGCCCGGACUGCAUGUUAAUGCCAAGCCUAACGCUGAGCAGUGCUCACCGGUGCUGAGCGCUGCUAAACCUGCAGUUAAUAUCCCACGGCAGCCCGCCACACACAAUGCCGGCCCGAGCGCCUCUGCUGGCGACGGCACCCAGGAUGUAGCCGAGGGGCAACGACGAGGAUUCAGAGAAAACCAGGGGGAGAGUAAACAGCAAAAUGGAAAAACUCCACCUAAACGCCCCCCGCGGAAGCACAUUGUGGAUACCUACACAGAGUUUUACCACACACCCACCCACAGUGAUGCCAGCAAGAAACGACUGAUUGAAGACACUGAAGACUGGCAUCCCCGGACAGGCACCACCCAGUCUCGUUCUUUCCGCAUCCUUGCCCAGAUCACCGGCACUGAUCAUAUGAAGGAACCAGAACAUGAAGGUUCGAAGAAGACUAAGAAAAGCCAAACAGAAAAUGGAGACUUCAGCAUACCUGCAGAUCUGCCUAAUGGAGCAGAAGUCCAGAUACUUUGUAUUAAUCUGAAUAAAAACUUCAUAGCUACCCACACUUUGGAGAGGCCACCUGUAUCAGAAUUUCCAUCUACACCUUUAGCGCCUAUGAGUGAAAAUGGUGCUAGACCAGAACCUGCAGCCACUCUUUUGCCACUAGCAGAGUCCUUCUCUGGCAAUGUUUGCUCUUCCAGGCUUUCAGAACACAUUGCUGCAGCAACUCCUGGGAGGGAAAUAACUUUGGAGUUGCCUGCUCCAGAGGCAGCAAGCUUUUUGAUGCCUGACAAAGCACCUCUCCCUGCAAAGUGCACCGUGGCCACACAGACCUCCGAGCUCCCUGUACCUACCACCGUGGCUGUGGGACUGCCUCUUGCAGCCCCAACAAUGGAAACAGCCCCCGAGCUGCCUUCUGCUAUAGACAGGCAUGAAGCAUCUCUGCUUACUUGUGAAACAAAUUCUUUCAGUAAAAUUUCAAGCUACCAGUCUAGAUCAUCUAUAAAUCAUACAAGCUUCUGUGCUGAAAAAGUAUUGCUGGAAAAUCCUUUGGGAAGUCUGUCCAAGUUGGGACCUACUCCUCUUCCCAUUCUUUCUCCUUUCAAGCAGAGAUCAACAAUUAAGAGUAUGGCUGCUGCUGCCGUGUCUGCUGCCAUUGCUGUCCGGGCCAGACUCUCCGAACCUAGUGUCUACCGCUCACUCUUGGAUGCUCUGCUCAUCACGCCUGUUGCUAAGCCUCCUCCACAAGCCAUGAGGCCCUCUAGGAAGUCCAUGAGUGCUCUGGAGUUGCCAAAGAGCAAGAGUGAUUCCCUGGAGGCUGCCCAGCCUGCUGCUUUUACAGCAUCCUCGUCAGCGAACAUGCCGGCCCACCAAGAAAACAUGGACUCGAGACCUGCUCCCACCAGCACUGCAUCUGCUGCCGGACUCAAGCCAACAGGACCCCCAGGUGCUACCAAGUACUCGGGCUGGCAGCCUGCAAACCAAGCAGCUCCUGUCAGUGGAUGGACAUCAAAUAGUGUUAAACCACCUGGAAUGGCUGCCCCUAGUGAAAAACCUGCAUCAGCACCUCAGCUAAACGAGCAAGACACGUUGGUUCAGAGGGCAGAACAUAUUCCAGCAGGAAAGCGUACUCCUAUGUGUGCGCACUGUAAUCAAGUCAUUAGAGGACCCUUCUUGGUGGCUUUGGGGAAGUCAUGGCAUCCAGAGGAGUUUAACUGUGCUCAUUGCAAAACGUCCAUGGCUUACAUUGGUUUUGUGGAAGAGAAAGGGAUGCUUUAUUGUGAGGUCUGCUAUGAGAAGUUUUUCGCCCCUGAGUGUUCAAAGUGCCAGAGGAAGAUUCUUGGGGAAGUAAUAAAUGCUUUGAAACAAACUUGGCACGUUUCCUGCUUCGUGUGUGUGGCCUGUCAUAACCCCAUCCGCAAUAAUGUCUUUCACUUAGAAGAUGGCGAUCCCUACUGUGAGACGGAUUACUAUGCCCUCUUCGGUACUAUGUGCCAUGGCUGUGAAUUCCCCAUUGAAGCUGGAGAUAGGUUCCUUGAAGCUCUGGGCCACACUUGGCAUGACACUUGCUUUGUAUGCUCAGUAUGUAAUGACAGUUUGGAGGGUCAGACUUUCUUCUCCAAGAAGGACAAGCCACUGUGCAAGAAACACGCUCACUCUAUCAACAUCUGAUGCAUGUAGCUCAUCUCGUGUAACAAAUGUAAUGAGCAGAAAGAAAGGUUAAAAUGUCCAUGUUCAGUAAUUGGUUAAAGUUAUUUAUAUAUGAUUUUCUAGAAUGGAAAAAAUGUAGAACCUUGUGGAGGGUGUUGUACACAAAUUUAAAAUGUUUAUCAAUUAUAUGGGUUUCCUUCAUGAAAGAUAGGCAUCAGGGAAUUGCAUCCAAGCCAAACGAUUGGAGUGCCUUUACCUCUACAUUUGGCACAUUAGUAUAUUGGUUUCAUGAUGUUAAGAUCCCAUUUAUAUCUGCUUCGGUAUGAGAAGUGAAGCAUCUGCAAAAAGAAAUACUGGUAUUAGAAGUCUUGGUUUUGCUGCUAUUCAACAAGUAAAAGGAGAUUGGCUUCAGCAGUUCAGAUCACUUUACUGCAAUGUUAUUUACAGUGUAUCUAGAAGUGUUGCAGCUAAACUCCAUUAAAAGGAAUUCAAAGCAACGUUAAUAUUACAUGGAAUAUAGACUUCAACUGAUAUUUUUAUCUGAUAGUUAUAUACAUGAUGAAGUCUCCUGCACAAUUAUAUGUACCUGUGCCUUUGCAGUUAAAUCUCUGAUGAAUCUGCAAAGGACAGAGAUUUUUACAAAGCAGCUACAUGGGGUGGUGUCUAUGCUGGUGAAUAAGAAUAGUUUAGAAGAUGCUACUCAGAAUACAUCAUAAAUGGGAUACUCUUGCUUUACCUUAACUACCAGAAUACUGGCCAAAUAAAACCCUGCUAGUGAAGGUAUGAAUGUCAGAGCAGAUCUUAAAAAUAAGGAAGCAGGGAGAUACACUCUUAUGUUCACAGUUCAGAUUUUAGAUAGUUUUAAGUGCCUUGGAAAGGGGGAAUUGCACUGAAUCUGAAGGCAAAAGGUUUAUAUCCAGAAUGUGAGACUCUGGUGUUGAAUGAGGGAAACUGCUGAAGUGCAACUGAGGACAUUGUUUUUCUCUCAGUACAUUCUUUACCAUGUAGCUCAUGAAUAUGUGUAUUGGUGGUGUGCCAGGUAGUAUACUGAAAACUUGCUUUCUUGCUCAGCUGUUAUGAUUUUUUUAUUAUUAGUUUAGGUUCUAUUUGUCUCUCUUCCUUCAUGUGUAGGGAAUAUAUUGUUGACUAAUAUAAUAUUGAGUUAGGCAGCUCAGUAUCUCUCAGUUCUUGCAAAGGAGCAGAGAGAGAAUGCUGUCAUCAUGCAUUUACUGCAAGCCAGGAGAUGUAGCCAUUUCUGUGGCUUGAUAUGGAUUUUGCCUUCAUACAGAGAGUCAGUGCAAGACCUGUGCACCAGCCAAGUCCCACUUCGGGAUAGGGAUGGUGUUGGUAAGGAAUAGAUAGGGAAGAGGUGUUGACCCUUGGCGUGGGGUGAAUGUCACACCAGCAAAGUUGCACAACAGGGAAGGAGGCCCUCUUGGGGCCAGAUCAGAUUCCUGAAGGAAGCUGAAUUUACUUGCUAUUUAAUUCAACUGGGAUAUCACAGAAGAAUCAUUAGUCUUUAAUGCUCUUUCCAGUAGACAUUAAAAGUAACCAUUUGCUGAUUUUGUUGUUUUGAGGUUGGCUUUUUGUUGUUUUUUUACUAAGACAGAAGACAGGUUUAUGCAUAAAACCAUGCAGAAGAUCACAAGAAAUUGCCAUGGUUGAGUAAAGCAAUUGUAACAAGGAAUAUCAACAAAAGGGGGGGCGGGGGAGGCACUAAAAUUCCUGUACUAAAAUAUGAAAAGGUAUUUUGCUUUCUCACUAAUUCAGUGAGACAGGUUCACAUUGUGGGGCUGUUUCAGUGUAUUUUCUGAAGUUGUUUCUUCUUCAAUACUACCACGCAUCUCUUCUGGUGGUAUGGAAGAAAUGGCAUAAAGCUGUUUAAAAUGUUUACACUCUUGCAGAUGUGUCCUUUCAUGAGUUUGGCUGAAAAUCAGAGGGGUAGAAGCAGACUGGACAAGAUAUAGUAAUAUAUGAGCCAGGUUGCUUUUGAAAUUAGGGGAAAUGGGGAGAAAUAAGACUUAGAUGGUAGGUUUCAGCAGAACUAUAUUGCACAUGCAUGAGGAAAGAGAAUGGGAACGCACAGGAUAAGGCGUUCAAUUAUUUCUGCAAUAAAAACCUUUCCAUUUUAAAGUAGGGUAGAAACUUCCAUUUUGACAUUGUUCUGCUUUUUGUUCUAUUUUGACAAUAGUACUGCUUAAUUUAGCUGCUUUGCCUUUUAAUUUCUGCUUUUAUCUAUUUGUUUAAAAUUUAAAAGGAAGCAUAGAGUCGCUGAUAUGUAAUAAUAUUUAAUGGCUCUACCAAAUUAUAUAAAUCAACUAAAAGGAACAUAAUUUUUAUUGUUAUUUUAAUAAGUGAGAUUUUAGUAGAGCACUUUAUAAUAAUGCCAUAUAUCUCACUGAAUAUUUAUUAUCUGUUUUUUGUUUAGGACUAUUUCAUACUAGCAUCUUUGGUUUUUGUUUUGUUUGUAAGCCUGCAUAUUUACCUCUAGAAUUUGCUUGUGUGUGAGUGUAUGUGUUCGUAUAUACCUCUCUAUACAUGCACGCAUAUGCAUGUACAUUAGGAGAUAUACAUAUAUAUGCACGUACACAUGUGUAUUUAACUGCAGAAUUGACACAGCAAAAAGCACCCUUCUAUCACCAUUUGGGGAUUUAACGAGAUUCCCAACUACUUUUCAUGCAACACAUAUAGAAUCAUAGAAUAGUUAGGGUUGGAAAGGACCUUAAGAUCAUCCAGUUCCAACACCCCUGCCAUGGGCAGGGACACCUCACACUAUAUAUAGCAUUCAUGUUUUGAGGGAAUGUUAGAAGAUCAGGAGAGAUACGUCAGUAACCUAACUACGGUAGUUUUUUUUUUUUUUUGCAUGCAUUUUCAGUCAGUAAUUAUUUUUCUUCCAACAAAUAAUUUUUUUUUCCACCUGUAAGAAUACUGGGUUUAACUCCGUUUGAAGGUAGAAAGUCUGUAUAAAUUAAUAAUUGAAGCAUCACAACAGUUUCAGUAUAUUGUAGCUAAAUAAUUCAGAAUUAUAUGUAAAUAUAAAUGCUUAAUAUAACAAUGCAAUAAACUUGAAAGCAGCAGUGAGUCGAAAUGUGGUUCAAUGUGUGUUGAUCUCUUCAGUUGCAUA